AUGGGCGCACAAUUUCGUUUGAGAAGCUUACAAUAGGAGAACAUGCCCUUUGAAAGCCCUCGCAAAUAAAGCAAAACAACUAGAAAUGCGAAUUUGAAGAAGAGAUUUCAAACUGAAUAGAUGACUGUAUUAUCGAAAAUAGAAUUGUCUCAUCAUGGGAAAGAUCAAGUGGAAUUGAUCUACGAAUCCUACCCUGUUAUUUAGGAAAGAAUAACGAGAACCACUAGGAAGACGUAACCAAGAUUGAUUGUCUAAUCCCCUUAAUUUAAAAUGUUACAUUAAACUAGCAAGACGAUUUCUUUUCAUCAAGUAAAACGAAUGCUUUAAACCUACAUAAAUUAAUGA